AAAGUGAGGUUACCUCCCUUCAACCCCUCCCUCCUCCUCGGAGUCAAGAGCAACAAUAGCUGAGACAGAGAAGGGUACAGAAGUUUGGGGGAGCUGGGACAUCCAGCUCCUCAACCAUGCCAAGCGUUUUAAAGAAGACAGGAAGUCUUAUGAAGAUGGGAACUCUACAAGGGGCAGGAGAAAAGACAUUGGAUCUUGGGGUCAGGGAAAAUGCAGAAACAGCAGUGCCAGAAGCAUCCUUGAGACUUGGGGGGCUGGAGCUGCAGGAAGAAUGGCAGGAUGAAGAAUUUCCUAGAUUGCUUCCUGAAGAGACUGACCCUUCUGAAGAUCCUGAGAACCCUAAAGGAGACUCACAGACGGCCCCAGGUACCCCCAGCACCUUAGCCCUGUGUGGCCAGCGCCCCAUGCGUAAGCGUCUGACUGCCCCAGAGUUGCAGCUGAAUCUGACAGAAGGGCCUGGAGAUAAUGGAGCUUCUUCCACCCACUCUGUACCUUCCUCUCCUGAUGGCAGUUCUGACCUGGAGGUAGACGAAUUGGAGACACCUUCAGACUCGGAGCAGCUGGACAGUGGACACGAAUUUGAAUGGGAAGAUGACCUGCCCCGGGCAGAGGAUCCAGGGGCCAGUGAGGCAGCUGAAAGGCUGGGCAGAGGUUGUAUGUGGGAUGUGGCUGGAGAAGAUGGUCAUCACUGGAGGGUGUUCCGAACAGGACAGCUGGAGCAGCGAGUGGACAUGACUGUCAUUGAGCCCUACAAGAAAGUCUUAUCUCAUGGAGGCUACCAUGGUGAUGGCCUCAAUGCUGUCAUCCUCUUUGCUUCCUGUUAUUUACCCAGAAGCAGCAUCCCCAACUACACCUAUGUCAUGGAACACUUGUUUAGGUACAUGGUGGGAACUCUGGAGCUGCUGGUGGCUGAAAAUUAUCUGCUUGUUCACUUGAGUGGAGGCACAAAUAGGGCCCAAGUCCCACCUCUGAGCUGGCUACGCCAAUGUUACCAUACCCUGGAUGGGCGGCUCCGGAAGAACCUGCGCGCCCUGGUGGUUGUCCACGCUACAUGGUAUGUGAAGGCAUUCCUGGCACUGCUUCGACCCUUCAUCAGUUCCAAGUUCACACGAAAGAUCCGUUUUCUGAACAGCCUUGGAGAGCUGGCCCAACUCAUCUCCAUGGAUCAGGUCCACAUCCCAGAAGCUGUCAGACAGCUGGACCAGGAUCUCCAUGGCUCAGGAGGGACCUAGUGUAGGACUGGAAUAAAGAGCCUUAGACCAAGCAAAGAUAUUGCUCUGCCUACACCCUGACCCCUGAAACAGCUGAACUGGUUUUGUAAAUCAUCUCAUCCUCAACCUCAUUACCACUGGAUCUGCACAUCUCAAUGGGGUGUCCUUCCUUCCAUGGCCCUGCCUUCAGAGCAGGAUUCCAAGGUCUGGAAGCUGAUCUGCUGGGUGACUUUCAUUUCAGCUGGAGGGGUGCAUGCAAUGCCAUUUGGUUUAGGAAAGUGCAAAGCUGUGCUGCUUUAGCUGUAGAACCUUGGGCAAAUAACUUCAUCUCUUUGAAUCUGAGGUCCUUUGGGGCUGAGCUUCCUUCCAUCUGAGGUAUUCCAGCAGUCUGCGAAGGUGAGGGGUGGAUGGGAAGGGCAGGGCUCCUCCUGGGUGGGAGCCCAGAGAUCUACGCCUCUAUUUUCCACUUUCCUUCAGUAGUCGCAGCUGCUGCCUGUGAGCCUGGGGAGGGGCGUUUUCAAAACCUGUUGUCUUUGUCCUCUGUAGUAAAUUCAGAUGUGUAGCGGCUAAUAAACUCAACGAGAGAUUUAA